AGAGAGAGAAGUCUCUGUGGUAAUGAGAGUGUGUCUAUAAAAGAGAGUUGUGAGAGAUGAAGCUUGGCUCCACUUUUUUCUUCAACCUCUCUUUCCCUUUUCUUCAACCUCUCUCUUUCUCUCUCUGUGGUGUGCUCUUACUUCAUACUCUUCUUAUCUCUAUCUCCCAACUCGCAAAUGGAUUCGUUCGACAACGUGAAAGCAGAGAAAGCCAAGGCGUUGCGGCGUUUCAACCGCUUCCGGCGAAUCGGACGUUUCUUCCGCGCGGCGGAGGUUUGCGUCGCCCUCCUCCUCCUCUUCUGGACAUUCACUCGCCUUCCUUUCGCCGUUCAAAUCUCCGGAGCGUUUCUCCGCCGUAUCGCCGCCGUUGUAUCGACUCCUCUGUUCGUCUUCCUCCUCGGCAACUCCAUCGUCCUUGUUCUUCUCACCAAGUCUUCCGAUCAGAAAACAACCACCGCCGCCGCAACGAGUCCCGAAACAGAAAUCUACGAGGCGUUCGUCAGAUCCGUAGAGAAUCGAUCCAAGCCGGCCGAUGAAGACAUGGUGGAUGAGAUAGUCUACGACGACAAAGAGGUGAUCGUCACUGAUUUGAAUCCAAAGGCGGAAGAGAAUAUUCCAGACGCCGAGGUUGAUUCGGAUGCUGCAGCUGCCAGUAAAAAAGUAUAUGGAAGAAGCAAAUCAGACGUUUCUGCAAAACAGAGCCGUCCGAAUACGAAACGUUGUCUACAGAGAUCGGAGACAGACAAGUGCAUCUGGGAGAUUGAGAAGCAAAGAGACGAGGAUGACAACUAUCCAGAAGAUGAUCUAAGCAACGAAGAGUUUCAGAAAACGAUCGAAGCUUUCAUAGCAAAACAGAGAUUGUUUCGUCGUCAAGAAUCUUUAGCGGUCGUUGUCCAUAACAAAAGCCUUCUUAUAUAAAAAAAAAUAUCAUUAUAUAUAUUCUUACAUAUAUUCUAUCGAAUCAUCUACAAAACAAACAAACAAAGUUUUGUGAAAGUUAUAACCAUAUGGAAUCUUGUCUUUUCUUUUUUUUGUCUAAAGAAAAAUAUAUUCCAUGUACGUUUAAAAAUA